AUGCAUUAUCCAGAAGAAUUUAAACAAUAUGCUCAUCCUCAUUCCGGCACACGAAUCAUUGUUGGAUAUGCUGGCAGAUACGCACCUCAGGAAUGGCCAAAAUGGUAUUCGCGAACAAUGAUGAAAUGGGGCGGUGAGUCUCGUUUCACUCCCUACAGUCCAAAUGAUGCCCGAUAUGAUGGAUUUGUGAAGGAAUUUUCCCGUCAACGCCGC